AUGACAUCUAUCGAGAAACUAGAUCAAGAGAUCACAUUGAAUUUACAAAAAAUAGAUUCAAAUCUUGGUUAUUGUUUUAAAAAGAUAACACAAGAUAUCAUACCACAAAUACGAAAUUACUCCACCAUAUGUGAUCAAAUUACAGACAGUACAAAUUGGUUAAACGUCAUGUUUCAACAAACUGCUAAUGUCGAUUUGAAUAUGCAUGUCAAUGCCUCUGCCAUUGUAGCAAAUACAAACGGUAAUAAUCUUACCAGUAAUAACAACAGCGGUAGUGAUGACAAGUCACAAUCUCAACGUGAUAGUAUAUUCCCUGUUGGGGUACGAACCCAAAAACGAUCGACGAAUGGGUUAGAUUCCAGCAGCGAAAUUACGAUACCAAAAUUAAAGAAUUCAUUAUCUGCAUCAAAUGGUCAGAAAAUUGAUAGGAAAACUAUUGACAGUAACAAUAAUAACAAUGAUUCUAAGGAAGAUGAAUAUGAAUUUCAUGCAGCAAAUAUUACAUCCACAGGACAGGUAUUAGCAGUUCCUGAUUCUAGUGACGAUGACAGCGCCGGAGCUCUUACAAAUAGUAACACUAAACUUACGAAACCACGCGAUGAUGCUACGAAUGGGACAGAUGAUCCAGACGGUAGUACAUACCAAAGACAGAACAAGAAGAGGAAAGUGUCCUUAUUAUUACAGCAAGAAUAUGGAUCUAGUUCCAGUGUACUACCUUCACCAGUUGCGUUAACUAGGAAAGAGAAUAAUGACUUAGAAUCAGCAGGAUCGAUGCUGAAUUCAACAUCCAGCGGGAAUAAUGAUUUAAUGAAUAGUUCUCCAUUGAAGCAGGGCACUACCACGGGGACCACUAACGCUAAUACAGUUACUGUUACUCACUCGACGACGACGAAUGAUGAUGCUCUGUCUAAUGAAGAACAUAGUACGAAGGAAACGAACUUAGUUAUUCAUUUCCCAACUAAUUGA